CUUUGUUUCUUGUACUUCGCCGACUAAUGUAGAUGUGGUGUUAGGGAGGCGGGGGAGUGCAAUCUGGCUAGCAAGGAUCAGGCUGGGUGAUGAGAGGGAGAGAUCUGAGAUAGUGUAGCGAUAUAUAUGAAGUAUAGAGCGGAGAUACGGGUUUCGAUACCGCCUAUUUAUCUUUCAUCUAUCUCCUCUUUCUCACCAUCUUCCUAUAUGCAGGAUACACAGGGAAUGGCCGGUAGCCGGUGAGAGAGACCGUACGGCGGGUUGGGGCCUCUGAGAGAGAUGACAUCGGAGCCCAUGAGUGAAAGCAAGUUAAAUAAACUGGUGCAGAAGCUUCAUGAAUUUUUAGCUCACUCCUCAGAAGAAUCGGAGGAUACAACCUCGCCUACAAGACAAUCUGUGAGCAAAAGUACAGCUAAAUCAAAACCCACAUCUAGACAGCAACCUUUUGACAACAUGGAAGAGGGAAGUAGUUCAUCAGAAAAAUCAAGAUCAAUGGGAUCCUCUCGCUCCAAAAGAAAACCAUCAUUUGUUACAAAAUAUGUUGAAUCUGAUGAAGAUAAAAUGCCAGAAAAAGAAGUUGUGACUGAAGAUGCAUCUAAUGAACAUUCAGAGAAUGAAGUUGAUAUGGAAAGCCUACCUAUAGGUACCGUGGUGGUACAGCCUGAACCUGUUCUAAAUGAAGACAAGGAUGAUUUUAAAGGACCUGAGUUUAGAAGCAAAAGUAAAGUUAAAGAUCUAUCUGUACCAAAGAAACGUGGAGGUAUUUUAUUAGUAAAGUUUUUGUUUAAAAACUUAAAUUUUUUUUUUUUUUUUUUUUUUCAACUUAAUUUUCACUUUACUAGAUGCACUACACACCAAAUUAUUUUGUUUUUCUGUAUCGUUAGCGCUUAUGUUACACAAGAAAUUUCAAAUGUUUCUAUUUUGCAGCUUGGAACUUCUCCACUUUCAGAUCAUCUCUUACCUCUAAAAAGGCAAGUUCAACAGGCCACAGUGCCUAUUUACUGGUCCUGCUUUAUUUCAUUUCGAUCUCUUGGACUUCCUGGCUUGGUUAUAGGAUCCCGCACGUGUGGGCUUGUGUACUCUCACCAUCUUAUGAAAACAUGUUACAAAUACUACAUGAGUGAUGAUAUUAACCGAGAUGCUGAUGGCAUGGAUGAGCAAUGCAGAUGGUGUGCUGAAGGUGGUAACUUAAUUUGCUGUGAUUAUUGUCAUAAUGCCUUCUGCAAAAAAUGCAUUCUACGGAAUCUAGGGCGAAAGGAGCUGUCUGCUAUGAUGGAUGAAGACAGCAAGUGGGAGUGUUAUGUUUGCAGGCCUGAACCUUUAUUGGACUUGGUUGCUGCAUGCAACAGUGUAUUUGAAAACUUGGAGCAAUUGUUGCAGCAAAAUAAGAAGAAAAUGAAAGUGGAUAAUGAAAAGAGUAAGCUGUGUGAUAACACACACAGUUCUGAAAAGAAAAACUCAAGUUGUAAUGGGCAAGAUAAAAAGUUGGAUGGCAAAUACUCUGGAGCAGUAACGUAUUCCUUUAAGGCGCUUAUGGUGCCAAAUGUAAUGAUCAAAAAAGCUAAAAAAAUAAUAGAAACUACCACAAGCUUAAACACGAGCUUCCUAAAAUUUUUAAAACAGGAAGCUGAAAACUCAGAGAUAAAUCCAACUGUAGAGUUAAGGCAGCUGAAAGCCUUUCGGUCUGUCUUGAGUGACCUAAAGAAAGCACAUUUUGCUUUGGAGGAAAGUCUGACAGAGAAAAUUAAAGCUGUUAGCAAGCAGAAUCAAUCCAAAAAGAGCAACAAUUCAAACAAUGAAAAUAGUCCAUUUAAAAAGCAGUCACGUGAAGAAAAACACACAGAACGCAAAAAAAGACCGACAGAUGUGAGAGAGAAGAUGAAAAAUGAGCAAGUUUGUGAUAAAGCUUUAUUGGCUGCAGAAGGGAAUGGAGAAACCUUAGAUGAUAUGGUUGAUCAAAUAAAUGACUCUUUGGAGCAAAAUGGAGAAAGGGCAGAUGGAAGCCUUGAUAUUGAAACUGUAUUAACAGAGAAACCAUUAACGGUAGGUUCAGAUGUGGCUGCAGCUGCGAAUGUAGAGAAUGAGAAGCAUAAAGGUGAUGAAAAUUCACAAAUUGUUUUCCAUGAGGAAGAGAUUGAAAACAAAGUAGUUGGCGCAUGUCUAAAAGAUAAACAGAAAUCUGAAAAGAGCAAGGAAAGAGCUGAAAGCUCAAAACAAAACAAUAAAGCUAAAAAAGAUGGCACUGGAUCUGAAGAGGAAACGGAGGAAUGUGAAAACUUAAAAAAUGAUAAAUCAUGCACCCCUAAGAAAAAGUCUAAAAAUGCUGGUCGUACGUUUGAAGAAAAUUCUGCUGAAGAUCUUGAUAUGGACAUUGUUUCUGUACCAUCCUCUGUACCAGAAGACAUUUUUGAUAACUUGGAUUCAGCACUAAGAGCACAGAACACUUUGAAUAACUCUGGAAAUGUUUCUGAUAGCAUGCAGUCACCGAUAAAGAGUAAGAAAAAAGAUAAAGAACCAAAGACUCCUAUUAAGAAAGAGUUAAUAGUUAAACUCACACCUGUUUCUCUUUCUAAUGCAUCUGUGAAAUGUGAAAACCAAGUGAGUAAAUCUGAAGCUAAUAAUGAAAGUGAAGUUGAGAAUGAGCAUUCAUCUGAAAAUGAGCAAGAGGAUUCUAAACUUCGGAAAUCUCCCCGUGUUAAAACUACACCAAAGAGAAGACCAACUGGUGCUAAUCCCACCACAUCUAAUACUGAAGAGGAAAGUAAUGAUACUGAUAAAGAAAAACUAAAUCGGAAAAAGCAGCUCUUAAAGGAGAAACCUAUUUCUAAAGUAAAGCCUCUCUCUUCAGAUAGCUGUGAAACCCCAAGAACAAAAAAAACUGGGAGCAAAAAGAAUGAAGAGAAUAAAAGUACUUCUGAUUCUGAUGAUAUGCCAGAGGUCCUUAAGAAGGCAGCUUUGAUGAGUAAUAGUUCUUCAGACUUUGAGAGCAGUAAUGAGGCAGACGGUACAAAAAAAGCCCCUAAGGGUACAUAUAAAUCAAAGAGUGAUGUGAAACGUAAAAGGAAGAGUUCUAGUUCUGGUUCUGAGACGCCAAAAAGGACUACCAGAAAUUCUACAGCUGCAAAAAAACGACGUGAUCAUUCAGAUUCCUCUAACUAUGACUCUGAGUUAGAGAAAAAGAUCAAAAACUUAAGCAAGUUAGAAUCUUGUAAGAAGGGCACCAAAAAGAAAACUAAGACAAUGGAAGAAAGUGGGGACUCUUCUGAAGAGAAGGUUAAAAAAGCUUCUAAAAUAAAGAAAAAGGAGAAGGAAAAAAACAAAGCUCAGAAAAAGGGAAAUGAAUCUUCAUCUUCAUCUGAAUUAUCUGAGGUGAACCAAGAUGAAGAUGAUAAAAAUUCUAAUGAUAGCAGUGAUGAACAAAAAAUAAAACCUCUGAUGGAAAAUGAAAAUGCAUCAGGAGUUGGAUUUUGUCAAUCAUCAGGAGAUGAAGCUGGCAUAAAGACAGGAGCUGAUGCACCAGACGACGAUGAUGACGACGAUGACGACGAUCCUGAGAAUAGGAUUGCCAAGAAGAUGCUUUUGGAAGAAAUUAAAGCCAACCUUUCAACUGAAGCUGAUGAUUCUUCGGAUGAAGAACCAGUGACCACUAAAAAAACAGGAAAAUCGUCUGCAAAAGCAGAAGAUGGUGAGGAGGAGGAUAAAAACAGCUCAGAUUCUGAAACUGAUUCAGAAUCUGCAAAGAGGCCACGCUACAGACACAGACUGCUGCGGCACAAGCUGAGCUUAAGUGAUGGAGAAUCAGGGGAAGAAAAAGAUAAAGAAAAGUCUAAGAGCUCAAAGGAUGUAAAACGCAAAUCCAGACGAAAUGUGAGCAGUGAGGGUUCUGAUUCUGAUUUCGAGGAAUCUGGAGUUAGCGAAGAAGUUAGUGAAAGCGGUUCAGAUGAUCAGCGCCGCAGAACAAGGUCUUCAAAGAAAGAAGCAGAAGAGAACCAACGCAGCUACAAACAGAAGAAGAAAAGACGACGGAUUAAAGUUCAGGACUCCUCCAGUGACAGCAAGGGAAAUUCAGAAGAUGGAGACGAGGAUGACGACUCUGAUUCUAAAUCCCCAGGCAAGGGCAGAAAGAAGAUCCGGAGAAUUCUUAAGGAUGACAAACUUCGAACAGAAACACAAAAUGCUCUGAAAGAAGAGGAGGAGAGAAGGAAGAGGAUUGCUGAAAGAGAGAGAGAGCGAAAAAAGCUGAGGGAGGUCAUUGUUGUGGAGGAUGCUUCUCCAGUAAAAUGUCCAAUAACAACUAAAUUGGUCUUGGAAGAGGAUGAAGAGACAAAAGAGCCUUUGGUGCACGUCCAUAGAAACAUGGUUACAAAACUGAAACCCCAUCAAGUAGACGGUGUUCAGUUCAUGUGGGAUUGCUGUUGUGAAUCUUUAAGGAAGACCAAGAAAUCAUCAGGUUCUGGCUGUAUACUAGCUCAUUGUAUGGGCCUUGGCAAAACCUUACAGGUGGUGACAUUCCUUCAUACUGUUCUCUUGUGUGAAAAACUAGAGUUCAACACGGCACUUGUCGUUUGUCCUUUAAAUACAGUUUUGAAUUGGCUCAAUGAGUUUGAAAAAUGGCAAGAAGGAUUGGAGGACGAUGAAAGUCUAGAGGUCGUUGAACUUGCCACAGUGAAGCGCCCACAAGAAAGAGGCCUUAUGUUGCAGCGGUGGCAUGAUGAAGGGGGGGUUCUUAUUAUUGGGUAUGAAAUGUACCGGAACCUUACGCAAGGAAGGAAUGUAAAAAGCAAGAAGUUGAAGGAAAUCUACCAAAAGACUCUAGUUGAUCCAGGACCGGAUUUUGUCAUUUGUGAUGAAGGACAUAUCCUUAAAAAUGAAGCAUCUGCUAUUUCCAAAGCAAUGAAUUCUAUAAGAACAAGACGAAGAGUCAUUCUGACAGGCACACCACUACAAAAUAACUUGGUGGAAUACCACUGCAUGGUAAACUUCAUCAAAGAAAAUUUACUUGGUUCCAUUAAAGAAUUCAGAAAUCGCUUUAUGAAUCCUAUACAGAAUGGACAGUGCGCAGACUCUACAAUGAUAGAUGUCAGAGUGAUGAAAAAGCGUGCCCACAUCCUCUAUGAGAUGCUUGCUGGAUGUGUUCAGAGAAGAGAUUAUACUGCUCUUACAAAGUUUUUACCACCUAAGCACGAAUAUGUCCUGUCAGUUAGGAUGUCUUCAAUUCAAUGUAAACUCUAUCAGUACUAUUUGGAUCACAUGACAGGUGUUGGCCAAAGUGCCGAAGGAGGAGGAAGAGGCAAGUCUGGAACAAAGCUUUUCCAAGACUUUCAGGUCUUAAGUAGGAUCUGGACUCACCCUUGGUGUUUGCAGCUGGACUAUAUUAGUAAAGAAAAUAAGGGAUAUUUUGAUGAAGACAGCAUGGAUGAAUUCAUAGCAUCUGAUUCAGAUGAAUCUUCAAUGAGUCUUACUUCAGAAGAAGAGUCAUCCAAGAAAAAUAAAUCAAAAGGUAAAGGCAAGAAGGAAAGUAGCUCCGGUGAGGAAGAAAGCGAUAAUGAUGUUGAAGUCAUCAAGGUCUGGAAUUCAAGAUCCCGUGGUGGAGCAGGAAAGGAUCCCAAAGAUGAUGAGGUUUCAAAAAGCUCUGCAAUUGUAAAAACAGAGGAAAAAACAGCCCCCUCUUCAGCUCCUGCAAGUCCAGCUGCUGCUGACUGGUAUAAAGAUUUUGUGACGGAUGCAGAUGCUGAGAUCCUUGGGCAUUCUGGGAAGAUCUCACUACUUUUUGAGAUUCUACGGAUGGCAGAGGAGCUGGGAGACAAAGUCUUAGUUUUUAGCCAGUCUCUCAUAUCUCUGGACUUGAUAGAAGAUUUCUUGGAACUGGCAAGUAGAGAAAAAACUGAAGAUGAGCCUGACCGUGAAAUUUAUAAAGGGGAAGGAAAGUGGUUCAGAAAUAUUGAUUAUUAUCGUUUAGAUGGUUCAACUAGUGCACAGACACGAAAGAAAUGGGCAGAAGAAUUCAAUGAUGUUACAAAUGUAAGGGGACGUCUGUUCAUUAUUUCUACCAAAGCAGGAUCCCUGGGCAUAAAUCUUGUUGCUGCUAACCGUGUAAUCAUCUUUGAUGCCUCGUGGAAUCCGUCAUAUGAUAUCCAGAGUAUCUUUAGGGUUUAUCGAUUUGGGCAGAACAAACAAGUUUUUGUGUACAGAUUCUUGGCUCAGGGUACUAUGGAAGAAAAGAUUUAUGACAGACAGGUCACCAAGCAGUCUCUGUCAUUUAGAGUUAUUGAUCAACAGCAAAUAGAGCGUCACUUUACUAUGAAUGAACUUACAGAACUUUACACCUUUGAGCCAGACCUUUUGGAUGACCCCAAUUCUGAAAAAAAGAAGAAAAGGGAAACUCCAAAGCUACCAAAGGAUACCGUUCUUGCGGAGCUUCUACAGAGUAUGAAGGAACAUAUAGUCACAUACCAUGAGCAUGACUCUCUUCUGGACCAUAAAGAGGAAGAAGCUCUAACUGAGGAGGAGCGAAAGGCAGCAUGGACUGAAUAUGAAGCCGAGAAAAAGGGUUUGACUAACCGUCUGAAUAUGGCAACUGCUGGAGCUAACUUCACACAAAUGAAUUUCAAUGCUCAGUCUAAUUACAUGCCCUUAAACCUGGGAGCAUUGUCUUCUUUGACUAAUCAACAACUAGAAGAUCUUAUUAAUCAAGGCAGAGAGAAAGUUGUUGAAGCUACAAAUAACAUUGCAUCUGCACGAAUCCACCCAUGGGAUGACAUCCUUGCUGCUGUGUGGAAGGAAAAUCCAAAUUUGACUGAGACCCAAGUUCAAUCUCUUGCCCUAAGCAGACAGUCCAGCCAGGAGUUGGAAAUAAAGAGACGAGAAGCCAUUUACAAUGAUGUCUUGGCCAAGCAGCAAAUGUUAAUCAACUGUGUACAAAGGAUACUGAUGAGCCGGAGGCUGCAGCAGCAAUUCACUCAACAGCAGCAAUUUACACAGCAGCAACUUACACAGCAGCAACAGCAGCAGCAAAUGGCGUUUCAGCAGCAAGCUGCUCUUAGUCGCCUGAUGAUGCAGAAGCCCCCAAAUAUGAUGAUGAACCCAAGUGGCUUUCCCCAAAUAGAUUUGAGAGGAAUGUAUCAAGCUGGAAUGCAGGGGCAUCAAUUGCAACAUUCUGCAAACCCAGUGAGAGGCAAAAGUCCAGGACAGUCCCAACGGAAAAAGAUGUGAUUUUGCACUAAAGCCUUGUGUGGAUUAUUAUAAUCAAGAAAGUUCCUUUUUAUUGGAGUUUUUUCCUGUAUGUGUGUUAAUAACUCAAUGGCUUAAGAGAUGACUAACAAAGCCACCAACAAACGUUUAGAUUUUCCCUUUUAAAGUGUUAAACUGUAUUAUGUAUAAGCUUUGCAGUGUAAGUAUUUCAUUUUAUUUUGACUACAUGAUUAAAAUGAAGAAGUGUUCUAUUAUCUGCAUUGAACCUUCUUGAGCCCUAUGUGCAAAAGACAUGUUUUCAAUGAAAUCAGGCCUUCCAUAAUAAUACCAGCUGUUGAAACUGAAGUCUUUUAUCAAGUGCUUUAGAUACAUUCACCAAGUUAUUUGCUUAGGGUGAUUGUAAAAAAUCAGAUCUUAUGUUAGUCUUCAGUGCUAAAGUCUAGAACAGCACAAAUGGAUGGUUACCCUGUUUGUUUGCAGUUGAUCAGUGAAAACCAUUUACAACUUAUCACUGUUUUAUUUUAAUCAGUGAAUAUUGCUCCAUUUCAAAAUUAUUUUUCUAUUACUCUUCAAAAUCCCUGGCAGGAAUUUUUUUUUUUUUAAACACAUUUUACCCAGUUAACUGUAUAUUUUGUCAUCUUAUCUGCAGAAGACUGUAAAAAAUGGCCCUACUUUUUGUCCUGACUUAUAUAUGAUAGAAAUAUUUAAACAAUAAUCUUCAAGUUGUUUUUAUGAAAGGAAAGUUGCAAUUCCUGUAGUCACUAAACUUAAUGUGAGUGUCUGUUAUGUCAUUGUUCUGUUUUUUCUUUCUUUUCUUUUUUUAUCACUUUUUGCAAUUGUAAAUACUUUUCAUGAUUUGUUUUCCUUAUAUAUUUAAUGCUUAGUUGUUUACAAAAUGUUUUUCUCUGACCAAUUUGGUCUGUGUAAAUUAAUCACACUGCACCCACAGUGUUAAAAAAAGAAAGCCUUUUUUUGAAGGGAAUGUCGCUUUUUUAUUCCUUUUAACUAAACAUUGUACCUAUCCUGGUAUUUAUAGUAGUUGAACCCAACGGUCCCUAAAUAAAGGGUUUCUCAUUAAUGCAUUAUCUAAUAGAGCACAAGUUGGUCAGUUAGCACGUUGUCAGUCUACCCUUCUGGUGAAUUUGGAGUCCAGCAAACCCAUUUUCUAUAUUUGAAAACUUGCUUGCCUGUUCUUGAGAAGGCAUAAAAUAGUCUCUUGAGCUAUUUAAGAGCUCUCAUACUGAUGGAGAAGUUAAUGCAUUUAUGAAUGUUAAAGGAUUUUUUCCCCCUGACGUAAAUGUUUAUAUUAAUCAGUUUGUGUAAGUGCAGCGGUCUUUGGGUUCUAUGGCAAUGUCAUGACAUUUCUUUUGAAUUCUUUUUAGAUGGGUUUUUUUUUUAUGUAUAUUUCCUUUGUUUUCCAAAGGAUAGACCAGUGGGGGUAAAGCCCUGCUUUAUCUGAAGGAAAUUAGUAUAAAUAAUAAAAAAUAAAAAAACUUUACGGUUUGUGAAAUACUGUCACCAAGCUUAGUGCAAUAAUUCCAAAUGCUUCUCUUUUAAUAUGUUGUAUUAGAAAGGUGCAGUUUUCAUGAUCAUGUACAUAGCUAUACAGACCAUUAUAUAAUUUGCCUGCUAAAGGCUUUGUUUCAUACAGCUGCUUUACUUCGUAUUCAGAUUCAUUUUAUCCCUAUUAAAGUGUUACACUUACAUACUUGACCAUUGCUUAAAUACUUACAUAACAUGUUAUCGGAGUCAUUCACACCCCCACCCCCAUAGAUUUUCUAUUUUUCAGUGAUUACAUACUUUUAUUUUACUUCUAUUUUAUUAGUUCCUUCUUGGGUUUGUAAGCCUCAAGAUUUUUUUUAUUUUAGAAACAAUGCUGAAACAUAUUUCUGAACCUUUAGAGUGUUUCAAUUCGUUUCACAUUAAAAUAUUAAUAAGAUAAAUAUUUUUCAGGUCUGCUGUUUCAAAUUAUAGAAGCACCUUUGCUCUCCUCAGUUCUCUGGCCGCUCAUACCAUCUGGAAUGUUUUGUUUUGUUUGAUAAGUUUGGUGGGGACAAAUCUGUUGCUGUACUUCCCGCUCCAUUGGAAAAUAGCAGAGCAUGCUACAGAUCGCUGCUUCAGAGGUGUGAGCGACUGGCCGUGUUUGCUCGUUACCUCAUGACUUUGGAGAGCACUCUGCUGUUUUGCUAUGGUACAGUGGUACAUCAUCUGAUUGACUGUGCUGCUUGCCUUGUCAUAACAGAGAAAAAUUGACACAUGGAAUAGACUGUCAGAUCAUUGUGGAGAGUAAACAGCCCCAAGGUGUUAAAAAAAAAAAAAAAAAAUUAAAAUAUUGAAAUGUAAAGCACUUUGAGAUUUCAGAAAGUGACAGAAAAAGGUCUUACUAUAAUAUAUAUAUAUAUAUAUAUAUAUAUAUAUAUUUUUUUUUUUUUUUUUAUUUUUUUUUUUUUGCUUUAUAAAAAAAAUUGCAUUUUUACUUUUAAAUUCUGUGAAUUGCUUUGCUAUUCAGAAUCUAGAUACUGAAAGCCUAAGCAUGUUCCCACUGUAAAGUUAACAACUUAUAGUAACUUCAAAAACCUGCUACUAUCCAUUCAGUUUGACUAGAAUAUAUACUAGGUCUGCCCUUUUUUGUGAGUAUCCAAGCAAACUAAUGGAUGUGCUUGUAGAUUUGACCUUUUUAAUGUUUAAUAUUCUAUAACAUUCUAGCAUGUUUAAAGGGACACUGAACCAAAAUUUGAUCUAUUAUGAUUCAGAUAGAGCAUGCAAUUUUAAGCAACUUUCUAAUUUAGUCCUAUUACCAUGUAAUUAUUCAUUCUCUUGCUAUCUUUAUUUGAAAAGCAAGAAUGUAAGUUUAGAAGCCAGCCCACUUUCGUAAACAACCUGGGUUGUCCUUGUUUAUUGGUGGAUAAAUGCUGGCCAGUAUUCUGAACCAAAAAUUGGUUGGCUCCUUACCUUAGAUGCAUUUUAUUUUUCAAAUAAAGAUAGCAAGAGAACAAAGAAAAAUUGAUACUAGGAGUAAAUUAGAAAGUUUCUUAAAAUCGCAUGCUCUAUCUAAAUCAGGAAAUAUUUUUUUUUGGUUUAGUAUCCCUUUAAUGAUGCAGCCUAGAAAGCAGCUACUACUUGGUCUGACUAUUAACUAGAGUGCCACACUUAUAAAUAGCAUAACAGAAUUAAAAGGGAGCAAAAUGUUGAUGAAAUUCAAAGAUAUUAUGUUGUCCUUUUUUUUUUUUUUUUUUUUUUUUAUUACCAACAAUUCCAAUUGAUUGUUAAAUAGUGACUAUAGUAAGAACUAACAUUUAAAGAUCAAUAAUAUAUUUUGCACAUAAAAAAUAAAACUUAAAUACACAGUAAUGGUAGGGUUGAUAGUCUUAAAAUGACAUGCUCUAACAAAUUAGAGCAUGCCAUUUUUAGACUAUUAUGGCUCUUUAAGAAAUAUAACCCUCUUGCUCCUAAACAAGUGAAUACAUCUAAUAAACAUAUGUUUUCUUAAUGUUUACCAGACUUGUAAGAUUAAUAUCUAUAGUAUUUAAAAGUACUUUAUUAUAACACUUGGGUGAGAGGAUUCAGAAUGAUAUGCCAUGUGACUCACACCACAUGUAAACAUUUAACAGAAUAUACUAUUUGUGCUUUUUAGAUAGAGCAUCAAGCUUUGACCAAUAUUAAGACAACCUGUUUCACAAGGUGUGGUAAAGGCUAUUUUUUCUAUUUUUGAAAUGUUUUAACUAGUUAUAAAGCCUUUAAAGGUCAUUAUAAAAAAAAAUGUUGCUUGUGCUAAAAUGCCUGCUAAAUUCUCCACAUUUUGUAUCCUGUUAAUUACUUUGGAUGUAAAGCGUUUUAGGCUUAAUAUUUGUGAUCUUGUACAUGUAUGUCUCAAGUUGUAUAGUAGUUUCAGUCCAUUUAACAAGCUUUGGCCGCUGAAAUCCUACAGCUGUGACGAUUUGCCUUUUUUGAUCUCUGCUUUUAAUUUCUGUAUUAAAUAUCUGAAGUACUGUAGGAAAAAAGUCACUUCUCACAAGCUGUCUUUUUUGUAAAAUAUUGAAGGACUGAAAAUGUGUUUUUAAAAAGCAAGCAUUUACGUAUGGAAAUAUACUCUGUGUUUUCACCAUUCAAAUUGCUGUUUAGUAGUUGAAAGUUUAAAAAAUAUAUUUAAUAUCUCAUUUAAUAAAGUGACCAAAACCA